AUGGAAACAGAGACUGGGUCUACUCCAUCACAUGAAGUUGAUUCCAAUGUAAUGGAGGCUAGCUCUAGAGUAAGGGAAAAGGUUGAUCCGGCUUGGGAACAUUUUAGCCUUAGGGCGGAUGAGAAGGGACGGAAUACUUUUACAUGUAUGUAUUGUAGGCAAACAUAUAAAGGUGGGGGUAUUAAUAAGAUGAAAAAACACCUUGCGGGGAUAAAAGGUGAUAUUGGAUCAUGUAAAAAGGUUUCUCAUGAUGUGAGAUACCAAAUGUUGGAAUAUGUGAAGGAGUUUAAGUUGAAGAAAAAAGUUGAGAAACAACGUCAAGAAGAAAUGUUUAGUGUGCCUUCCACAAAUAGUGAUAUGCAAGAAGAUGAAGAUGUUCAAGAAGUAUUUAGUAGUGGGUUGCCUAAAAAACCUGUUUUAGGUAAAAGAAAGGGUACAAAUCCAGUGAAUAAUUACUUUGCUCCAAGAACUACUCCAGGAGCUCAACCUGGUCUUAAAAGUGUGUUCCAAAGUAAAGAAAGGGUAAGGCAAGCUGAUAUGGCUAUUGCAAGGUUUCUGUAUGACAAUUGCAUUCCUUUUAAUGUAGUGAAUUCAGUGUACUACCAAAAGAUGAUUGAUGACGUAGCUGCUGCUGGUCCUGACUACAAAGGUCCAUCUUAUCAUGCUGUACAGGUCUCUUUGUUGAGGGAUCAAAAGAAAAAGGUUCAGUUGUUGGUUGAGUCACAAUGUAGGCAUUGGGCAGAAGUUGGAUGUACACUUAUGGCUGAUGGUUGGACAGAUACUAGACAUAGGUCAUUGAUUAAUUUCCUUGUUUAUUGUCCUAAGGGAAUGGUAUUUGUAAAAUCAGUUGAUGCCUCAGAUAUUGUGAAGAGUACUAGAAACUUAUUUAAACUGUUUGAUGAAGUAGUUACAUGGGUUGGUCCAAAAAACAUAGUUCACAUGGUAACUGAUAAUGCUUCCAAUUAUGUAUCUGCUGGUAAAUUAUUGUGUGAAAAGUAUAAAACUAUUAGUUGGUCUCCUUGUGCAGCACAUUGCCUGAAUCUUGUGUUGCAGGAUAUGGGAGACAUGCCUCAUGUGGAGAGACUCAAAAAACGUGCAUCCAAAGUUACAGUUUUUAUUUAUAAUCAUGUUGCUUUGAUUGCUUGGUUGAGAAAGAGACCUGGUUGGACAGAUAUUGUACGUGUAGGAGCAACAAGAUUUGCUACUACUUUCCUUUCAUUUGGAAGUCUUCAUAUGCAUAAGCAUGACUUGCAAGCCUUAGUGACUAGCAAGUUCUUUGUGGACAAUAGAUUGGCAAGAGAGUCAAAGGCAAAAGAAGUAGUUUCUAUCAUUUUAGAUAAUUCUUUUUGGGAUGAUAUUAAUGUUCUUGUCAAGAUUUCAUCACCACUCAUUCGUUUGUUAUGGAUUGUUGAUUCUGAUCAAAGGCCUGCAAUAGGAUAUGUGUAUGAGGGCAUGCAUAGAGCACAGUUGGGAAUCAAAAAGAUCUUCCGAAUGAAGAAGCACUUGUACAAGCCAUACACCUCAAUUAUAAAAAACCAUUGGGACAAACAUUUGCGUAAAGAUCUUCAUGCUACUACAUAUUGGUUAAAUCCCGCUUUUCAAUAUGAUGAGGAGAAUUUUUGUCGGAAACCAGCAGUACAUAUGGCUGUUUUGGACUACAUUGGGACAAAAUAUGAUGGUGACAAAGAAAAGGAUAUAGUGCUACAUUCAAAUGAAUGGUGGAAGUUGUGGGGUGCUGAUGCUCCAAACUUGCAAAAAUUGGCAAUUAGAAUCCUUAGCCAAACUUCCGCCUCUUCUGGAUGUGAGCAUUGUUGGAGUUUAUUUGACCAAAUACAUUCUAAGAGGAGAAAUAGGUUGGAGCAUCAAAGGUUCAAUGAUCUUGUGUUUGUUCAUCAUAACUUGCAAUUGAAACAUAGACUUUACAACAAAAAGUUUAAUUUUGACCCCAUUGAUUAUGCAAGUAUUGACAAAACUGAUUUUUGGGUAUUUGUGGAAGAGGAAGACCCAUAUCUUAAUUAUGAAGAGUUGGAGAGUGCAAUUUAUGAAGAGGAUGCAUAUCCAGCAAGUGCAGGGCCUUCUUCUAAUGUUGAAGAUGAUAGCAGUAAGGUUGAAGGAAUUGAUUUGGUAACAUUUGGACAACCUGUUGGCCCUCCUCCUGGAUUUCUAGGGAAUGAUGAUGAGCAUGAUAACUAUCAUGACAUUGAUGAUUUAUGA